AUGUCUACCGAGGAUUAUUCUGACUGGAUGUGCAUCAAUCUGACUAAUUACACCAACUGUUCGGACCCAUGGAACGGUGCAGGUUUAGCAUCGGACGCUGCGCCGAUCGCUGUUUUUUACGGUCUCAUCACAAUAAUAGGAUUUCUAGGCAACUCGAUGGUGAUUCUCGUAGUUUUAAAGGAGAAAAAGAUGCGAAAUACCACCAAUGUAUUCGUGUUCAGUCUUAGUAUUGCAGAUCUCUCCUUCAUUAUAAUUUGUACACCUUUCACCGCGGCGGACCACAUGUUGGGUCAAUGGAUAUUUGGUCAAGUGAUGUGCAAACUCUUCAACUAUUUCACAUUCGUUAACGUCUAUGCCAGUAUAUAUACACUGACUGUCAUGUCGUUUGAUCGUUUUCUGGCCGUCGUAUAUCCUAUACGUACGAUGAAAUUUCGACGCACUCGCUAUGCCAUUAUAUCUGUGAUCGUACUAUGGAUAGUAAUACUGAUCACACUGUCUCCACUAUUAGUUGUAACUAUCACCGAGAAAUACAAGUAUAUAGAUGGUCAGGUGUACACUUCUUGCCACACGUCCAUGAACAUGCAGGAGACACGAAUUUUCAUUGGCCAAUUCUUCGUAACAUCAUAUGCUUUCCCACUCACCGUCAUCAGUCUUACGUACUUCCUUAUGCUCAGGAGUUUAUGGAGCAGCGCAGCCCCGUCAUCGAAUAUCUCCGAGGAGUCGGCUAAGCGCAAAAGGAAAGUCACUGUUAUGGUGGUGGUUGUUGUCAUCGUUUUCGCCAUCUGUUGGUUACCCAUACAAAUUUUUCUGAUGGUGCAGAAUUUCGCGGUGUACGACUACGAAAACCCUGUGUUGAAACCCAUUUAUUACACUGCUAACUGCAUGUCAUAUGCCAACUCAUGCAUUAACCCAAUUAUUUACGUGUUUUUGUCCAAGAGUUAUCGUCAAGCUUUUAGAAGAGCUAUAUGCUGCUGUGUACAAAAACAACGCACGACAAGAGGUGGAUUCAUGAGGGAUUCGAUGAUGGUAACGACUGCCGUAUCAAACACUCCAAACCGGUCGGCAAAUAGACAUGGCGCUGGUAAAUAUAUAGCGUCGGGAAGCCAAAGAAACUCGUCGUCAUCAUCUCACAGUGUCACUCACUCCAGUCCCCGUGCAGUGUGCAACAGGAAAAAGGGAAAUGAAUAUUUAAUGACAGAAGUUUGUAGAACUCGUGCAGAAACUAAACCACUAUUCGGAGAAUCCUCUGCAUCCGAUACUGGUUCAAACCCCUCCGAGAUAACUUUCAGUGAAGAAGAACGGUCUUCUAGCAAACACAAAGGAGAUGUUAAACAAGUAGCUAAAGCUAUCACAAAAACCGUUUUGGAAUACUGUGAUGAUUCAGACGCUAGUUCUGUCGAUAUGGAAACUAAUCCUAGUGAAUCUGCAUCACCCGCAAAAAAAUCUGUUGAGUUUGUAUUACGCGAGCCUCAUCGAGUGGGGGCGCGCUUCUCAUCUGCAAAUUACUGCGAUACACACAAGUACAGAAGCAUGCAAAACGUUGAUGAUAUUCAGAGUUCGAGACGUAGUACUUCAAAAGACGGUCGAUAUGUGUUAAUGGAGACAAGUCUGGAUGAAAGAAGACUUAUACGAAAUAGAGCAACACUUUCAUACCAUCAUAGUUGA